AUGAUUACACAUCUGAAUGGAUUAAUUGUUACUCCUGGUGAAGUGACACGAAUAAUUACUGGACAGCAGCUCUUGCCAAUGGAUGAGUCAUACACUAGAAGACUUCAAGAACUUGAAAAUGUAGUUCGUGGUAUCAAAGAUUCAGAAGAGUUGGCAAGUGUAGGUCCAAAACCAUCUGGAAGUCUGACACCUGAUGAUAUUGAAAAUAUGAAAAAAUUGCAAGAAAUUGCCACAAAUGAAAUGCAACUAAAAAGGAGGAUACAGUCAAUGGAACGGAAGGAACUUAUGUAUUUAGCUGCACUUCAAAAAGCGGAUGAGCUACGGAUGAGAGCUGAAGGUAUUACUAGUGGACAGGAAUUUACUUCACCAACCAUAGUAGAAGCUGGAAGUUCAGCUGAGGGUUUGCAGAGGCGUGUUGUGGAGCUUGAAGCGGAAGUUAAUCGUCUGAAGAAGAAAGCUGAAGUGCUAGAGGCUGAGAAUGAGAAACUUCUUCACAUGAUUUCUGAUGGAACUCAGUGUGGCAUUAGCAUAACACUCCCUGUAUGGUCAAACAAUAUUCUUGACAUAGCAAGAUGGUGCAAAGAGAAGCACUGCAUAGGAACAUGGAAUGUAAGAUCCAUGUAUCAAGGAGAACUAGAUAUAGUGAAAAGAGAAAUGGAGAAAAUUAACAUCGACAUAUUGGGAAUAAGUGAAAUGAGGUGGACUGGCAUGGGAGAAUUUGCUUCGGAUGGCCAUAUGGUGUAUUGUUCUGGGCACGAUAACAACAGAAGUAAUGGAGUAGCCUUCAUAGUUAGUGAUAAAGUGAGAAAAGCUGUAAUGGAAUGCAAAUAUAAAAAUUAUAGAAUGAUGUCCAUCAGACUUCAAGGUCAGCCCCUCAUCAUCACAGUAAUUCAAGUUUAUGCGCCAACAACCGAUGCUGAAAAGGAAAUUAUUGACCAGUUCUAUGGAGAUUUACAAGAAUUACUACUGUCAACACCAAAAAAGGAUAUCGUCUUCAUAGUUGGAGAUUGGAAUGCAAAAGUGGGAAAUCAAGCUGUAGAAGGUAUAACAGGGAAUAAAUAUGGUCUUGGUACAACAAAUGAAGCCGGACAGAGACUCCUAGAAUUCCGCCAAGAAAAUUCAUUGAUAAUUACUAAUACACUGUUUCAACUACCAAAACAACGCCUGUAUACCUGGACUUCGCCAGAUGGCCAACACCGGAACCAAAUUGAUUACAUACUUUGUAAUCAGAGGUGGAAGAGCGCAGUUCAGUCAGCUACAACAAGACCUGGGGCUGACUGCAGAUCAGAUCAUGAGUUCCUGAUUGCAAAAUUUCGGCUGAAACUUCAGAAUGUAGCAAAACAGUAUUCUAACUUGCAGAUUCAAGCGAGGUCGCAGAGAAAUAUAUUCCCAAAAAAAGGAACAGCAAGAAGACUAGAUGGCUAUCAGUUGCACUGCAAGUUGCAGAAGAAUGAAGGAAAGCAAAAAUCAAGGGAGAUAGAUCAGCUAUUGCAAGGAAGUUGA